GACCACAACCUUCAGGCUCAUAUUCCUCUCACCAACCCACCGUUUGAAGAAUCGACACGUGAGUCGCUAAAACCCUUUACAGAUCCACAUUUCUUAGACUCAUCCAAUCUUGGAUAUACAUUACCUAAUAAUUUAAUUUUAUCUUCCACAGUUUUUGUACCCUUUUGUUUCCCCCUUUUUGAUUUUUCAUUAUAGUAAUCAUUGUUUUGAUGUGGGGGUUUUGUUCUUUAAUCGAUUUUAGUUUCGUUUUCGAGCUGUAUAAAGGGGCUUUCGAGGUUCUCGAGUUUCCGUCAAUGGCGGCCAUUUUGAAUACAGGCAAUGUGUCUUUCUUCCUGUGGUUAUUCAUCUGGGGAUUCGCUGAUAUUCUAAAGCAAACAAGGGGUGAAAGAACAAGAUUUUCGAUUAAUUUCUCACGUUUUUCAAAGAUUACUCUCGUCUCCACCUUUAUAAUCCUGAUUUCUCAUAUUGGUUUUUGUGUGUACAAGUUCUUGAAGCACGAGGUUGUACCUUACGAGUCUGUCAUCUCUGCAUUAACAUGGUCUUUAGCCACUAUUGUUACUGUGUAUUCAUUCUUCAGUAGAAGAGAUGAACAAACACGAAAAUGGCCUUGGGUGCUAGUUCUAUUCUGGUGUUUUUCCACGAUUCUUGAUUCAGUUUCAGUCACUUUCAUCAUCUUCAACUAUCUUAAAUCCAAAAACAUGCAUAUAUUUGUUUCAUCAUCGAAUCUUGUCGACAUGGCCACCUUCCCCUUUUCAAUUCUUUUGUGUUUCGAUGGUCUAACAUAUCGUGUCACCAAGAAACACGAAGAACUAGAUGAACCAUUGCUCCAAGAAACUAGCAAAGACACUAGCGCUUUUACAAAAUCAGGAAUUUGGAAGAGGGUUACAUUUAAUUGGUUAAACCCUCUUUUUGAAUUGGGUCACGCUCAAAAACUCGAGUUUAAUCAUGUCCCUUCGAUUCCUGAAUCUGAAACUGCUCAAGAAGCUGCAUGUUUGUUGGAAGAGUCGCUUCAAAAACAAAAAACUCGAGGCUCAGUAUUGACCAUGGCGAUAGUUCAUGCUAUACGACAAUCUUUAGCAAUAAACGCCAUAUUUGCAGGGGUGAAUACACUUGCUUCAUACAUGGGACCGAUUUUGAUCACAAGUUUUGUGAAUUACUUAUCAGAAGAUGAUAAUGAUUCAAGCUACCAAAAAGGAAUUAUUCUCUCAUGUAUUUUCUUUUUGGCAAAAACAAUUGAAUCAUUAUCUCAAAGACAAUGGUACUUUGGUGCUCAACGUAUUGGCAUUCGUAUACGUGCUGCUCUUAUUGUACUAAUAUACAAGAAAUCUUUAUCAGUCAAAUAUGGCACCACAAGCAAUGGCAAUAUUGUAAAUUUGAUCAACAUGGAUGUCGAAAAAAUAGGAGAGUUUUUCUGGCAUAUUCAUGGCAUUUGGUUGCUUCCAAUUCAAGUUCUUCUUGCCUUGAUCAUCUUAUACAUGAACCUUGGUUUUGCUCCUUCAAUGGCUGCCCUCAUUUCCACUAUUCUUGUUAUGAUCAUCAAUGUCCCAUUAGCAAAUAUGCAAAAAGAUUUCCAAACAAAAGUCAUGGAGUCGAAAGACUCGAGGAUUAAAGCUACUUCAGAAAUCUUGAAGAGCAUGCGAGUCUUGAAGUUGCAUUCAUGGCAAUCCAACUUCAAGAAAAAGUUGAUUGCUUUAAGAGAAAAAGAACAAAAUUGGCUCAAGAAAUAUCUUUAUACGUGUUCGGCUAUUGCUUUCCUCUUUUGGACAUCUCCUACAUUAGUUUCCGUUUCCACUUUCGGUGUUUGCAUUUUCUUGAAAAUCCCAUUAACCCCAAGUGUUGUUUAUUCAACUUUGGCUACUUUUAGAAUCUUGCAAGAUCCGAUUUAUAAUCUCCCGGAUCUUGUUUCCAUGGUAGCUCAAACGAAGGUUUCACUUGAUCGAAUCAAAGAUUUUAUAAUCAAAGAUUCUACAACGGAUCAGGAUUUUGUAAUGGAACAAGAUGUGGCAAUAGAAUUUGAACCCGGGGAGUAUGCAUGGGACACAAAUGAUUUGGAUCAAAGAAAACCCACAAUCAAGAUUUCUCAAAAGAUUAAAAUACCAAAAGGGUAUAAAGUAGCAAUAUGUGGUUCAGUUGGAGCGGGAAAAUCGAGCUUGUUAUGUAGCAUACUUGGUGAAAUCCCAAGGAUUUCGGGUGGACGUAUAAAAGUAUUUGGAUCAAAAGCUUUUGUGCCACAAAGUGCUUGGAUUCAAACGGGAACAAUAAGAGACAAUAUUCUAUUUGGUAGGGGAAUGAAUAAGGGAUUUUAUGAUGAAGUUGUGGAUGGAUGUGGUUUGGAUAGGGAUUUUGAGACAUUGGUUGAUGGGGAUUUAAGUAUUGUAGGGGAGAGAGGGUUGAAUUUAAGUGGAGGUCAAAAACAACGGAUUCAAUUAGCAAGAGCUUUGUAUAAUGCUUCGGAUGUUUAUAUCCUUGAUGAUCCGUUUAGUGCGGUUGAUGCUCAUACGGGUGCUCAUAUGUUCAAGAAAUGUUUGAUGAAUUUGCUAGACAAGAAGACGGUUGUUUACGUAACGCAUCAAUUGGAGUUUUUAAGCGCAGCGGACUUGGUUCUGGUGAUCAAAGACGGUGUUAUUGUACAAUCAGGAAACUACAACGACCUAAUCGCGGACCCCACAAGUGAAUUUGCACGCCAAAUAGCCGCACACUCCAUGUCUUUAAACCCACUCCACGAGACCAAAACCCUCACCACGUUCCCACAAGCUAACCAUGGUGCACCCUUGGAACUAAAACACGAGCCCUGUAGGACCCGAGUCGGGUCCAUAGAAACAAUACCACAAGAGGAAUCACAAUCCGGGCGGGUCAAAUUCAGUGUAUACUCAACUUUCAUCACUUCAGCAUGUAAAGGAGCCUUAGUUCCAGUUAUCUUAAUAUGUCACACGCUCUUUUUAGCCCUCCAAAUGGGCAGUAAUUACUGGAUGGCGUGGGCCACGGAAGAUGAGGGUCGGGUUAGCAGCAAAACCCUAAUUGAAAUCUUUGUGAUUUUGUCCGGUGGAAGCUCGCUUUUUAUUUUGGUUAGGGCUUUUUUGUUGUCUGUGAUUGCCAUCAAAACGGGUCAAAACCUCUUCUUACAAAUGAUAAAUUCGGUUUUUCGGGCACCCGUUUCAUUCUUUGACUCCACACCUUCGAGCCGCAUCCUCAACCGUUCUUCAACGGAUCAAAGCACAGUGGAUGUAGAUGUCCCUUAUCGAUUGGCGGGAUUAGUUUUCGCAAUAAUUCAACUUCUAAGCAUUAUUUUGCUAAUGUCACAUGUCGCAUGGCCAAUCUUUUUGCUUUGCAUUAUCGUAAUUGCUAUAUCGAUAUGGUAUCAAGCGUACUACAUUACUACUGCUAGGGAACUAGCGAGGAUGAUCGGGAUUCAAAAGUCUCCAAUUCAGCAUCAUUUUUCGGAAUCGAUUUCCGGGGCUUUGACAGUUCGUUGCUUUAAUCAAGAAGUUCGUUUCUUGAACAAGUGUUUAAGGGUUAUUGAUGAUUAUUCUCGUGUUACUUUUCAUAACACUGCUACAAUGGAGUGGCUAUGUGUUCGGAUCAACUUCCUUUUCAACCUCGUGUUUUUUAUACUCCUAGUUGUGUUGGUGCACCUCCCUCGGGCGUCAAUCGAUCAUAGUUUAGCCGGGUUAGCUGUUACAUACGGUUUGAGCCUAAACGUGCUACAAGCCUGGGUGAUAUGGAACCUCUGCAACGUUGAAAACAAAAUGAUUUCAGUGGAACGAAUUCUCCAAUUUGCGAAUAUUCCAAGCGAAGCCCCUGAAACAAUCAAAGAUUACAAACCAGAACCCAACUGGCCCACUCUAGGCCAAAUCGAGCUCAAAGAUCUACAUGUUCAAUACCACCCGGCUCUUCCAACUGUUUUAAAAGGAAUCACUUGUAUUUUUCCUGGUCAAAAAAAGAUCGGGGUUGUGGGAAGAACUGGUUGUGGAAAGUCAACGCUGAUUCAGGCUCUUUUUAGGGUGGUUGAACCCACAAAAGGUUGCAUUUUGAUUGAUGGGAUUGAUGUUUCCAAGAUUGGGUUGCAUGAUUUGAGGUCUAAAUUGGGGAUAAUUCCACAAGAUCCGACUUUGUUUCAAGGGACUAUGAGGACUAAUCUUGAUCCGUUGGAAGAGCAUUCGGAUUGUGAGAUUUGGGAGGUGUUGAAUAAGUGUCGACUUGCGGAUAUUGUAAGGCAGGAUAAGAGGCUUCUUGAUACACCAGUGGCUGAAGAUGGCGAAAAUUGGAGUGUUGGGCAACGACAACUUGUAUGCUUAGCGAGGGCAUUGCUCCAGAAACGCAGCAUACUAGUUCUUGACGAAGCGACUGCUUCCAUCGAUACAGAGACAGAUAACAUCAUGCAGAAGACAAUAAGAGAAGAAACAAGCAGAUGUACAGUCAUAACCAUCGCUCAUCGGAUCCCCACCAUUGUCGACAGCGAUCUAGUUCUCGUUCUCGAUCAAGGGGAAGUGGCGGAGUACGAUUCUCCGGCGCGGUUGCAAGAAGACGCUUCUUCGGCGUUUUCGAAGCUGGUGAAUGAAUUCUUGAGGAGAUCGGUGUGUAAAUUUGUAGAUCGUUAACAUGGGUUUAGAAUUUAGAUUGUUUAGUGUACAGCGAGUUAUUAGGGUUAGGGUUGAUUUAGGAUUUUAGGAAUGAGGUUGAAGAGGAAACAUUAUUUGGUCCGGCCCAUGCCUGGAAUAGCUUGGACCGGGUCGUGUUGUCAAAUAGACCGGUGACAGAAUUAGGCUGUGGUUAUGAGACUUAUUAUUAUUUUUUUU